AAUAACACCAGUUUAGUCAGCGAGUGACUGAGUGAUGAGCAUGAAGAUGAAAAUGGAGGAGCAAGAAAAUCUAAACCUAAUCCCCCCAACAGCAACCCUAGAAAUAGACAAAGACCUCACUCUCCUACCACGCAUCAAACUCAACCUCACCGUACACCCUUCCACACCUUCAUCCUCCAUAACAAACCAAAUCGACGAAUGGAAAACCAAACGAGCCUUACUCGAUUUUCUCCAAACCUCUCAUUCUCUUCCCUUUCCUCUCCCCGAAGAAGAUCUUCAAUUCAAACGCUUCAACAAAGACCUCAAAAAGCGUAAACGCGAAGAUCCCGUCGUUUACGGUACACUCCACAUCUGGGACCUGUCGUUUUUGAGUGAGAAGAAUGAAAACGACGUUGUGAAAUGGAGGAAUGGUCUUCGGAAUGUCAAUCGGAGUUCCAGGCGCGAACCGGAUACGGUUGUUGUUAGUGGUGUGCCGUCGCGGUGGUUCGCGGAGACUAGGGUUUCUUCUAAACCUUCUAUGCUUGUUACUCAUACCAUUUUUUCAAAGUUUGGCAAGAUAAGGUUUGUUUUGAAUACAAUUUAUAGCUUUUAUGUGCUUAUUUUGGGAUAUCAUGGGGGUAUUUGAUCUAUGUUGCUGAUUCCACCUUAAUGUAAACGACCUUUGUUGUUAUCGUAAGAUUUUGUUGUAGAAUGUUCAAAUUUAAGUGUCAAUUGGCUUCUGCUACCAUUUCAUAAUAUAUGCAAAUUGUUGAUCUUAUGUCACAAAAAUUAUUCCCUCUUUUGCAGCUUACUACCGUGGAGCCAUGGGUAUUUUGCUUGUAUAUGACGUUACUGACGAAUCUUCUUUUAACAGUAAUUUUCUCUUCCUCACACUCUCGUGUUGCAUGCUAUUCCUCUUUCAUCAUUUCCACUCCUUAAAUCCGGAUUUACUUAAAUCUUAAUGUCUUAGUAGAACACCCAUUAUAUUCAGCCAAUUCAAUUAUUCAACAGUUCAAUUGGACAAUUUGGCUUGCAAUGUGUUUUAAGUUCUUUUACAUGACAAUACAACUUAUUUUACUGUGUCCAGAUCAUGUGCUUCAAAUGUAUUUUUAUUUCUUUUCUACAUGGCAAAUAGUCUUAUAUCAUCUUGUGUCCAUAUAUCAGGAAUUGGAUUCGUAACAUUGAGCAGCAUGCUUCUGACAAUGUUAACAAGAUACUGGUAGGCAACAAAGCUGAUAUGGAUGAAAGCAAACGGGUAUGUCAUCUAUCAUCCUUACUUAUACUCUUGCCAAUCGCGCCUUUCUUGAAACCAAGAAGGCUCAAAGCAGGAACCACAGACUGCACCUGGCUUAUGGUCAUGGUGUUUGUUGUUAACAACUAUGGUAUUCCUAAAUUUCUGAAUAUGUGUGAAUAUAGAUCAAACCUAUGUUGUUGUGACA